GCUAGCUAGGCGCUGCAGGACGUGUGUGCUGGAACUGCCUGCAGAACAUUUCUACGGAUUUAUUUUCACAGUUUUUAAAAGAAAAAAAAAACAACAACCACUCUGGAUUAAACGUUUUACAAGAAGGAUAAAAACAUAAAGAGUAUAAAUAUAUAUCUAUACAAACAAACAAACAAACAAACAGAGCCAGUGGAUGUGCGCGCGCGCGGUGAGGUCAGGAGCCGAGCUGCUUUAGCUAACGUUAACAUUCUCCACGGAUCCGAUUUCUGCGUCUGUUUUCCUCAUUAACUUCUGUUUUUUUUUUUGUUUUUUUUUAGUCCGAGCUCUGUUUUAUUUUAAUAGUUUACAAGUUUAUCAGAUAAUCUUGGUCGAGUUGGUGUUUAAAGAUGUCUGUUGCGGGGUUGAAGAAGCAGUUUUACAAAGCAAGCCAGAUGGUGAGCGAGAAGGUCGGUGGAGCAGAAGGAACCAAACUGGAUGAAGAAUUCAAAGACCUGGAAAAGAAAGUGGAUGUGACUAGUAAAGCUGUGGUGGAGGUCAUCUCCAAAACCUCAGAGUACCUGCAGCCCAACCCUGCGUCCCGUGCCAAGCUCUCCAUGCUGAACACCAUGUCCAAGAUCCGUGGGCAGGUGAAGAGCCCAGGCUACCCGCAGGCGGAGGGGCUGCUGGGAGAGUGCAUGUCCAAAUAUGGGCGUGACCUCGGAGAGGAAACCAACUUCGGAGCCGCGCUGAUCGACGCCGGCGAGAGCAUGAAGAGACUCGCCGAGGUGAAGGACUCGCUGGACAUCGACGUCAAGCAGAACUUCAUCGAUCCUCUACAAGGCCUGUGUGACAAGGACCUGAGAGAGAUACAGCAUCAUUUGAAGAAGCUGGAAGGUCGUCGGCUGGAUUACGACUACAAGAAAAAGCGCAUGGGCAAAAUCCCUGACGAGGAGGUAAAGCAGGCGCUGGAGAAAUUCCACGAGUCCAAAGAGGUGGCGGAGAUCAGCAUGUACAACCUGCUGGAGACGGACAUAGAACAAGUGAGCCAGCUCUCGUCACUGGUGGAGGCGCAGCUACAGUAUCACAGACAGGCUGUCCUGAUUCUCGAGGAGCUCUCUGACAAACUAAAAGACAGGAUGCACGAGGCCCAGUCUCGUCCCCGCAAAGAGUACGUCCCCAAACCCAAACCCGUCUUCGACUUCGGAGAUACCAAUGAGCAGUCGAACGGAGGCUUCACUCCCGUUUCUGCUUCUCCUCCCAUCCGGACCACAGCUUCAGUGGAACAGCCGUGCUGUAAAGCCCUGUACGACUUCGAGCCAGAGAAUGAGGGCGAGCUGGGCUUCCGCGAGGGCGACAUCAUCACCCUGACCAGCCAGAUCGAUGAGAACUGGUUCGAGGGCGCGCUGCGCGGCCAGUCAGGAUUCUUCCCUCGCAACUACGUCGAGGUGAUCGUCCCUCUGUCGCGCUAAGCCUCCGGGAUGAUGGGACAGACGGAACGACAGCGAGCAAAGGAAGGAAAGAAGGAAGGAAGGGACGGACUGAGAGUUUUUACAGAGAGGCAUGUCAGCACCUGAACUCUGGCACUUUGACCUUUUAUGAAGGAACUUUUUCUUCUCACAUUCCAGAAGAAGAAAAGAAGGACCCGUGACGAACGACUGACUUGACCACUUUAGUCCUCGUAUGAAAGGUCUGACAGACAAACGCGACUUUAACGCACUUUGAGAAAGCAACAUUUCACUGGACUGAUGACUGAAUGCGACUGUAUGAUUUCAAAAUUUAAGUCUCCCUCACUUCACACGUGUGACAACAUUGAUUGCAAUAAGGAUUUUCACAAUAGCUUUCGUUUAGCAGGACCUCAGGAAAGUUUUACCACCAAAUCUAAAGAGGCUGUAAACAAUUCGUAAAGCACUAAAAUAGAAAACCUGCUGAAUGUGUAAACUUUUGCCCUUAAUGCCCUGUGUGCUUGCUUUCAUUAGCAAAAACGAGUCAGGUGUCUUUAAAAAUGUCUUCCUGUCUUAUCCACCACGUUAUCCACUCACAUUUUAAAUCCGUAAAGCUUCACUAUAGCAUUAAUCAAGAAAAAAAAAUCCAUCAUCACGCUGACUGAAAAUAAUAAAUGUUUCAUUACUGUUUUUAUGUGUAAGGACAUAUAAAUCCCGCCCUUCCUGAUCCCAUAAUCGAACCCAGGACCAGGUCUGAUAAUUUUUUUUUUUUUAAAGACUGAUAAAAAGCGUCCCCCUGUACGCUCUGACUGACCCGACGUCUCCUGACUGCCACCUGCUGGUCAGGCUGUGAUCUUAAGGACCGUUUGGACGUUGACUCGGCACUGUGGGCUGCGUGUGUUACAGCCGCUCAGUGUGUAGCGUUCCUGAGCCACACACACAAGUACAGGAGCUUCAUACACAACUUUGACUUCUCUCACUCACAUUUAAAUACAUAAAAAAGUGGUUUUAUAUUCGUUUUAGUUGACGGUAGUGAUGUGUAACGUGAACGCACCUCGGUCUUGUGGGCUUUAGAAUAACAGAAAGGGAUUCGAGCGAGAGAUGAAGGACAGUGGAAGUGCACACUUUAGCGUUUUUCUCCUCCUAUUUUCCAGACUGUAAGUGCGUGCAGAGGUUUUGAGCCCCCUCAUUUUGUCAUAUUUGCUGGUUUUUAAUGUAGUCAUGAGGAAUAGUUUCUGAGAAAUGUCUGGUUUGUUAAGGCACAACAUAAUCUAUUAAUCAUUAAGCACAAAAAAAAAAACAUCUAACCAGUGAGUCACAGGUGCAGAUGAUGACAGAUGAUCAGGCCGGUGAUUAGUGUACUGCUGAUGCUAAAAGUUGUUGGGACAGACGAGAGGGGAAAUGAGGUCGUUGCUGAGGUUGUUACAUAACACGCACAUUAAGUGCUUUGCAGCCUGUCACAGUUAAUUUUUAUUUCUUCAUUUUAAGAAAUGAUCGGAGUCAAGACUUUUGCACAACACCAUAUAUAAAGAAAGUAUGAUAUAUUUUCAUACAGACCUCCAAAUAUUUAAUACUUUAUCACAUCACUGAUUUCAGGUUUAUAAAAAAAUAUCAUUAUUUACCGAUAAUCUUGAGACGCUCUAUCUAUCUUUUCAUCUUUUUUUUACCUAAGAAAAGCCUCUCGUUUAUCCCCAGUCCCUCAUUUUAAUCCUGUAUGUGGAAAUAAGACUGACAUUUGGAUUUUGUAGAUGAAAACCACGACUAAUCACCACAGUAUAAACCUGUAGCAUGCUAAGUUUAGCUUUUUCAGCUCAUGAACUUCUGUACAGAUUUUUUUCUUUCAAAUUAUGAAAAAUCCCU